AUGGCUGGGUCCCGAGAGGAUCCCGUCGAAUUGGGGAGCGACAUGGACGAAGAUGAAGCGCUACGCUAUGCUAUUGCCCUUUCACUCCAGGAACAAGAGGUACAGGGAGAGCAGAGUUCGCAGAUCCCGAGCGCCUCAACCUCGACAUCCCACCGGAACGGGACUGGCUCGGGCGGGGCUUCCUUGGGUUUGCUUUCGCUUGAUCGCAAGAAGAUGGAAGAGGAAAGGUUGCAGAGGUUAGCCAAGCGGCGCCGCUCGCCAGAGGACGCAGGAAAUGUUGGCGAGGUCCCGCCUGCAAAGAGGAUGGCACCAUCCGAACCUUCCAGGACUGUAACCGCAACGGCAACGGCACCUGAAUUACCAAGCUUGGUUUCCUAUCCCAAAGGUGCUAUCAAAAGAACUUGGGCUAAAGGGUACCCGCGGACUUCCGAUGAUAUCAAGAUCGAAGAGGUGUUUCAAAAGGACAAGUUGGAGCUUGCUCUUCUAAGCUCGUAUCAGUGGGAUGAUGAAUGGCUCAUGUCCAAAAUCGACACGAGAAAGACCAAGCUAAUGCUCCUGGCAUUCGCCGACAGUGAAGCCCAGAAAUCAGAGAUGCGAUCGAAUGCGCCACCGGGCAUCAAGUUCGUCUUCCCGGCAAUGAAUGGGCCUGGGGCCAUGCAUUCCAAGCUUCAGUUGCUAAAGUACCCUGGCUAUCUUCGAGUUGUGGUCCCAACUGCCAACCUCGUCCCCUAUGAUUGGGGGGAGACUGGCGUCAUGGAGAACAUGGUUUUCCUGAUCGACCUCCCUCGUUUAAAGGACUCCUUGACUUAUCGGCCAACCGAUUUCAGCACCGAGCUCGGCCGAUUCCUGUCAGCAAGUGGUGUUGGUGAGGGCAUGCACCUUGGCUUUGUGUACACCAUCCCUGGUGGACAUCAAGGAGAUUCCUUAAAGCGAAUAGGAUACAGCGGGCUGGGCACCACUGUGGCUGCUCUCGGGCUAGCCACUGACGAACCAAUUGAAGUGGAUUUUGUCGUGGGCCGAACGGGCGCAGCCUCCAAAAAUAAGGCGUCAAACCCGUGGCAAGAGAAGCUAAAGGACCGUUUCCGAAUAUAUUUUCCGACGGAUGAGACAGUUGUCAGAAGUCGAGGUGGGCGUAAUGCUGCGGGUACCAUCUGUGUCCAGCCCAAAUGGUGGCGCUCGCCAACUUUCCCCACUGAGCUGGUGCGGGACUGUGUUAACACCAGAGAUGGGCUCCUGAUGCACAGCAAGAUGAUCAUGGUAUCACAGACGCAAGCGGGAAGUCAAUUGCAAACGCGUCCGCAAACGCGACCGGAGCCGCGACACCACAACUCAGGGCCGGCUAGUAGCAGUACCGCGGAGCCGAAAACGGAAGAGAUGUCUCUUGGCUGGGUCUACAUUGGCAGCGCAAAUCUGUCAGAAAGCGCAUGGGGCCGCAUUGUCAAGGACCGAGCGACAGGACAGCCAAAGAUGAGUUGUCGCAAUUGGGAGAGCGGUGUUGUAGUGCGAAUUAGCAACCCCAAAAACAGCAGCACCGUCUCCGCCAGCUUCAGCACCAGCGCCAGCGCCAGCGCCGGUGCCAGUUCCAGCACCAAGGUCAAGGCGGCAGAGGGCCAGGCACGGUCAUCGGUGCGGGCGGGGAAGAUAUCGGGGGAGCCGGACAAGGGAUGUGUUACGAGCCAACAUAAUCAUUACCACUACCAGAUGCAGAAGCAGAAACAGAAACAGGAGGAAGGGCUCACGGACACAGAUGCAAAAGCAGAUUCAGACAUGAUGAGCGGCACUGUUUUCGAGGGCACAGUCCCAAUACCAAUGCGACGACCAGGUCGACGCUAUCGUGAGGGUGAAGAGCCCUGGUUUUACAGUGUGCAGGGCUGA